GUCCCGGGAGAGGAGCCGCGAUCUGGCGGUAGGUCGCUGGACGCCGCCUGUUACCUGAGCCUGGAUACGGGGCCUUCGCCCAGUUUGUCCAGGCCAGGUACAUCGGGCGUUACUGUCAAAGCUGUCCUUUAUUGCUUAUCUCCAGCUGCCUGGAAAAUAUGGUGAUGCUCUGCCUUCAAUCACUACAAUCCAUAUGGUGUGGGGACACCGACAAUGCCAUUGGAAUGAGAGUUCCAGGAAUUUGACCCAGCAACAGUGAAGAAACAAUUAUAUAGUUUCGACUCCGAUGCAGUGUGACUUGCAGCAGUACUUGCAGGUGCCUCCUGUGUGCUAGGUGGCCUUGUACAGUACUAGUUAGCAGACAUCACGAGUUUGAAAGGUGCUGUUGAAGGAGCUGGGUACCAAUACUCCAGGAGCAACAUGUCAAAAUCAUGGAUGGGUUCUACCUUCGCCAUACUCAUCGUGAGUAUCACCUUUGCCUCUUCCCAUGCAACUGCACCAACAGACUACCUACACAUUGACUACUGUGUAAUUGGUGCAGGUCCAGGUGGCCUGCAGAUGGCGUACUUUCUACAGCAGUCCCAAAGACACUACCUGGUCUUUGAGCGCAGCAACCUCUCUGGGAGCUUCUUUGUACGUUAUCCCCGCCACCGGAAGCUCAUAAGUAUUAACAAGCAAUAUACCGGGAAGCAAAACAAAGAGUUUAACCUCCGGCAUGACUGGAACUCUCUGCUCAGCCAUGACGACAAUCUACUGUACAAACACUACACCAAAGAUUUCUUUCCUCAUGCUGACACCAUGGUGCACUACUUGAACAACUUUACAAACAGGUUUGACCUGAAGGUUCGAUACAACACUGAGAUAAUGUGGAUUGAGGCUGAGAAGCAUCCUGAGGCCUGGAAUGGACACUACUUCUUUUUGACAGAUCAGAAUGACUAUCAUUACAGAUGCAGUGUCCUGUUAGUUGCAACUGGAAUGUGGGUGCCCAACAAGCCUGAUUUUCCAGGUUCUGAACAUGUCGAGGGCUACGAGAGCAUCUCUGUGGACCCUGCUAACUUUGUUGGGCAGACAGUCCUCAUCCUGGGCCGGGGCAACGCUGCAUUUGAGACGGCGGACAACAUUGUUGGAGUGACUAACUUUAUCCACAUGCUGGGCCGUUCCCGGCUGCGGCUCGCCUGGGCCACUCACUAUGUCGGAGAUGUCCGUGCUGUGAAUAAUGCCAUGCUGGAUACAUACCAGCUGAAAUCACUGGAUGGCUUGCUGGAAGGAGACCUGGCCAAUAUUGCUAUUGUACAAGACAGAAAGGGAAAGCUGCAUCUAAGACUGCGAUUUCACUUCAACAGGAACAAUGCAUCCCAGGAUGUACUCAACGACCAGCGUCUCCUAUCAGUGGAUGAGGCUGAUAACUUUUCAGUGCGUCAGCCUUAUGACCGUGUCAUCCGCUGCUUGGGGUGGAAUUUUGACUUUUCCAUUUUUAACAAUCUUACUAAACCUCAGAGGGGCCGAGGCCGCACAAACAAAUAUCCAUUGAUCAAGGCUACAUAUGAAUCAGGAAACCUGCCUGGAAUGUUUAUUAUUGGGACAGCUGGUCAUUCCAUCGAUUACAGGAAAUCAGCCGGUGGGUUCAUCCAUGGAUUCCGCUAUACAGCCCGUGCUGUUCAUCACCUCCUGGAGCACCGAUACCAUGGUACUUCCUGGCCGGCCACCACGCUGCCCAUCUCCCAUUUGACCAACACCAUAAUCAAGCGCAUCAACGAGGCCUCUGGUCUUUAUCAGAUGUUCAGCAUCCUGGCUGAUAUUGUGCUGCUACAGAAAAAUGCCACAGAGUUUGAAUACCUGGAAGAGUAUCCAAUUGGAGCACUUCCACAUCUUCAGGAAAACACUGGGAGAAAUGCAGCAAAUGGGCUAUUUGUUAUCAACCUGGAAUAUGGGAGCAACUUUUCCAGACCAGAAGCUGAUGUUUUCCAUCCCAGCCGUUCAGUGGGAGAGCCCAGAUAUGCGUGGCUCUCAAACUUCCUCCACCCUGUCAUCUACUUCUAUAAACGUCUCCCGACAGAGACUGAGAUGACACAAAGGCCAAAAUUAUGGCCUCUGCCCCGUCCGUACUACAUCCAUCACGUUGUGGAAGAUUUCCUGACUGACUGGACAGCUGCCAAAGCUCACAUCCUUCCUCUGCGCCGCUUCUUAGAGAAUUGUCUGGACACUGACCUCAGGAGCUUCUUUGCAGAAUCCUGCUUCAAAUUUGCUUUGACCAAUCCACAUGUGCCACCUUUCUGCCGCCAUGGUUACUUGAACAAGCAGGGCUUGCUGGACGUUGAGAUCUUUUGAUAAGGUUCUGCAGUGGUGAGCCAACAUUCCAGCAUCAGCGUCCACAGCGACCAAGCACCUGAGCAACAGGGGCGUGUGAAACUGUUUGGUGACUGACUGUAUGGCCUGACAGAUCAUGCCCUUUAUCUGAGUGAGGGCAGUGUGCUCACAGAGGUACUGGACCGAAUGGUACCAGGGCACAGGCAGUCCUGCUGCCAAGUACAAAGGUUGUAAAUAAUAACUUCUGCAUGAUGUAUAUUCAUAUGAAACGGGUCUGUCAAUAAUUGGUGAAUUUGAGGUGACAGUGACACUUGUCAGGGUUGCUGCAGUUUUAAAUGCUUUCCAUAAUGUGUUCAAAUGAUUAAUCUGAUGUUUGAAAAGUCCCAGGCCACGCUUAAACCUUCACUAGUGCUGAUAUCAGGACUUUCUGCAAACCGCUCUCACAACACCUCACCCCUUCCAGCUUCACAAAAUGGCCCACUAAAUGUUUGAAAAUGACAGUCAAAACUUGCACUGAUGUGAAAGCAUUCCUGCAAUCAAGAAGUUAGUCUACAUUUCUGGCAAGACCUGAUUUUAAUGUUUCUGGUUUGACUGAGACAUCACUAUAAACAGGCAAUUGGCUCAUUUUUUUGCUGCUUGUGGGAGCUUGCUGUGCCAUUGUGGUUCCUGCAUUACAGCCAUGAUGACACUUUGAGUCGGUGUACACCAUUGGCUGUGCAGUACUUCAGAACAUCCUGGGUCUCCUGAUGAAAGUCGUGAUGGAGAAACACCAGCCUGUUAGUGCAGGCCAAAGGUUCUGCUGAAUGGAAGUGCCUUGUACUAUGUCCACCACCACCAUCAUAGAAUCCCAACAGUGUCAAUGCAGCCAUUUGGCCCAUCGAGUCCACACUGUU